AGCGCCCCAUCGGGCUCAGCAAGAAGAAGGGCCAGAUCGAUCAGGUGACUACCAUGGGCUGGGGCGGCGGCGGCGGCGGAUGGGGCGGCAAAGGAGGCAAGGGAGGCUGGUCCCCCUGGCAGCCGAUGUUCAUGAAGUGGGGCAAAGGCAAGGGCUUCGGCAAGGGCAAGGGCCUGAAGGUGGACCCGGCCCUGAAGUGCUGGAUUGGCAAUCUGGCGGAUGGGACCAACUGGAAGGCCCUGCAGGAGCAUAUGAACCAGGCUGGCAAGACCACCUGGGUGGAGUGCUUCAGCGGCAAGGGCAAUGGCACUGGGGGCGUCAGCUACUCCACCGCCGAGGAGGCAGCGAACGCCAUCACCAUGCUGAACGGGAGCCUGCUGAAUGGUCAGGCCAUUAUGGUGGACGUUUGGGUGAAGCAAACAGCUUCCUGAGUGCAUAGGGCUAACGGCUAACGGAUUUUGACGAGGGGGGAUCCCGCUGCGAAGCACACGCCGCUUCGCAAAAUGCCAGAC